AGUUAUUCUUGCCUGCAUUACAGCAGCCGUAUCUCAAACUCAUGGCACCGAAGAGAACGAUAAAUAAACAGUCGAAUAUAGUUUUUUCCCAGUGAUAAAUGACACACUUGUCUUUGCAAAGGGAACUAUCUGCUCUCGUUGGAACUGCGAUUUUGGAGAAUUACCCAGCAUUUUAAAAGGUGUUUUCUUCUGGCCUUUCACAGUUUACACACCGUGCUCCAGACGCAACGUUCUAGCACACUUCACAAACUUCAACACGGUUUGGGAACGGCUCGGUCGUCCUCGUACAAAUGUGACCUGGCAACACCGGUAAACCACGAACGGAGCUGUCACUUCUAGGUUACGACAGUAACCACCUUGUGAGGAUCUGAUCUGGGGAGCGAGUGCUGCAGUUUCGAGCAACACGAGGAACGCGUGCUUAUGUUACUUUUCUGCGCUAACUUUCUUACCUCUCAACAGGACUUCAUCGUGAACGAUGGAUUAUUAACUGUUUACAUAUAUUCAAGCGUGUAUCUAGCCAAUCAGCUGAAUUGGGCACAAAACAAAAUUGAUCGAUUAUCGAUGUUAUUCAUCGAUUAAGGGCUGCAUCAAUUACUAGAAUUGAAAUCAGCAAUUAGGCGUUUGAAUAGUUUAGUCUCUCCAUUGUCCUAUAAUUAAACGGAGAUGGAGGGUCGGGAUGACAAAGGGAAUAAAGAGAGUAAUAUCUCGAAGCCAGAUAUUCAAAAGUUUGCUCUCUGGUACAUCGGCUGGUCCUCCUUGGACAAGCGUACUACCCUGCCCAUGCUGCCGUGGUUGGUGGCGGAGAUCCGGAAGAAAAGUGAGAAGAACGAAUCGGGACGGGAGACUUGUUCCGUCCAGGCCAGAGAAGUUCAACUGGUGCUCACCCCGCCGUUUAUUCGAUGUGUGCCCGCGAACAAUGUCGCCAACUCGUCCGUCUUCAUCUUCGAGCAUAAAGCGCAGUUCAUCUCACGUUUUAUCCACAACAGUAAUGACCUCACUUAUUUCGCCUACCUUAUCCGGAGCCAGCCCGACAACCCGGAGUCUGAGAUGGCAUGCCAUGUCUUCAGGGCAUACGACCCCAACCAGGUACCAGAAGUGAUCAGUAGUAUCCGUGCGGUGUCAAAGUCGGCCCUAAAGGAAGACUCCAAGCCCAAGCGGGAUACUGAAGAGGCCUUUUAUAACUCCCAGAAGUUUGAAGUGCUCUACUGUGGCAAGGUGACUAUCGGGCACAAGAAGGCUCCCUCCACCCUCAUUGAUGACUGCAUCAAUAAGUUCCGCCAGCAUGAAUUGGAGCGCAAGCACCUGCGCCUCCUGAAUGACCAGCGGGGAUCCACAGAAAGCGCCCCCAUAGAGUUCAUCAUGGGGGAUGACGGAGACCCCCUCUCCUCAACCACCCACAGUGAGGGGCUGGAGGACCCUGAGGGGCUGGAGGUGGAUGAGGUCACUAACAGAGGAGGUUCUGGAGGGAAGAUCAUGUCCAACAGCCCCAGCCUGGGCAGCCUGCGGGGGUCCUUCCCCGAGUGCAUCCUGGAGGACUCUGGUUUCGAGGAGCAGCAGGAGUUCCGGACGCGUUGCAGCAGCCUGGCGGGCAGUCUGCAGCGGAGGCCCCUAGAAGGUGCGCUCAAAGCCGCCCCGGCACGCCGCCGCCACGCCAGUGCCCCCAACAACGUCCAGCCCUCAGACGCCGACAAAAACCGCACCAUGCUCUUCCAGGUCGGACGCUUCGAGGUGAACCUGAUCAGUCCAGACAGUAAGACUGUGGUGCUGGAAAAGAGAUUCAAAGACAUCUCGUCCUGCUCUCAGGGUAUAAACAAGACGGACCACUUUGGGUUUAUCUUUCGCGACCCGGGGGAGACUGGUCCGGGCCAGUAUGUGUGCUACGUCUUCCAGUGUGCCAGCGAAUCCCUGGUGGAUGAGGUGAUGCUUACUCUGAAGCAGGCCUUCAGUACGGCAGCAGCUCUGCAGAGCGCCAAGACACAAGUCAAGCUGUGCGAGGCCUGCCCUAUGCACGACCUGCACAAACUCUGCGAGAGGAUUGAGGGUCUGUAUCCUCCCAGGGCCAAGCUGGCCAUCCAGAAGUACCUCUCUCAACUGACUGAUAACGAACAGGUCGACAUCUUUGAGCGAGUUCAGAGAAUGAAGCCUGCGUCGGACCAGGAAGAGAAUGAGCUGGUGAUUCUCCACCUCCGCCAGCUAUGUGGAACCAAGCAGAAAUCCCACCUCCACAUCGGAGAAGCCCAACUGAAAACCCCCAACACCACAACCGCACCAGUGGACAGCACAGCAGUGACGGGCGGCCGCUUCAAACUGGACAUCCUGAAGAACAAGGCCAAGAGCUCGCUGACCAGCUCACUGGAGAACAUUUUCUCACGGGGCGCCAACCAGAUGAGAGGUCGCCUGGGAAGCAUGGGGGGGAGCUUUGAGAGAGCGGACGACUCUCCCGGCGACUCCCCACCAGGCACGCCCCCUAGUUUCCCUGACGACGACCCAGAUGCCCUCCAGUUCCGGCGACGUGCCCACACCUUCAGCCACUUGCCCGUGAAGAAGCGCAUCUCGUUCAACGACGCGUCCACCCAGGGAGUCCAACAGGGGGGCACUGGUACCCACAGCAAGGCUCUGCUCCGUAGGCAGUUGUCUGUCAACCCCGAACUACUGCAGAGCAGCCCCGUGCCCACCUCGAGAACGCGCAGCGUGUCGGAGAGCGAGUCCAACUUCAGUCUCUCCUCCUCCUUCUCCGCUCCCACUUUCCUGAAAAGCUUUUACCAGGGCUCCUUCGGGUCCAUGGGGUCUUUGGCCGACACCAGGACCCUCUGGAGUAAUGGGGAGGGCAGGAAGAGGACGCUAUCUGGAUGCAGCAGUGACAGUGUGAGUGUACCCCUCAACAUCCGCAAAGUGUCCUGGAGACAGAAGAUCUUCCUGCGGGUCGCCUCGCCCAUGAACAAGCCCACAUCCAUGCAGCACCCAGACCACUGUGAUGUCAUGGACCUGCUGCCCCUCUCCCCCCACUCCUUCGACCCAAGUCUGGACCCCCUGGCCAGCCUACUGCCUACCUCGGGUGACACCUUCACUGGGAAGAGGCCCAAGAGGACGGCGGUGCACUACCGGGCCCUAUGGAAGACGGCGAUCCACCAGCAGAUACUGCUGCUACGCAUGGAGAAGGAGAACCAGAGACUGGAGGCAAGUCGAGACGAGCUGCACAUCCGGAAGAUGAAGCUGGACUACCAGGAAGUGGGAACAUGCAUUAAAGACGUGCUAGCCUUCUGGGACAGGAAGCUGAGCGUUCCGGGCAGAGCCAAGGUCGUCCCGUUGGACAAAGAGGAGGUCCACAAUGCAAUCUCUAAGGGUGUCCCUAAGGGCAGGCGUGGGGAGGUGUGGCUCCUCUUCUCCCAGCAGCACCGCCUGAGACACCGUCUGCCCCCCGGCCGCCACGCCCCAGACACCCCCUACCAAGACCUGCUGAAGCAGCUCACGGCCCAGCAGCACUCCAUACUAGUUGACCUGGGUCGGACGUUCCCCACCCACCAGUACUUCUCAGCCCAGCUGGGUGCAGGGCAGCUGUCCCUCUACAAUCUGCUCAAGGCCUACUCUCUGUUAGACACUGAGGUGGGCUACUGCCAGGGCAUCAGCUUUGUGGCAGGUAUCCUGCUGUUGCACAUGAGUGAGGACCAGGCCUUUGACAUGCUCAAGUUCCUGAUGUACGACCUGGGCUUCCGCAGACAAUACAGGCCUGACAUGACUUCUCUACAGAUUCAGAUGUACCAGUUGUCCAGGCUGCUGCACGACUACCACAGGGAGCUGUACAGCCACCUGGAGGAACACGAGAUCUGCCCCACCCUCUACGCAGCCCCAUGGUUCCUCACACUCUUUGCCUCCCAGUUCCCACUCGGAUUCGUCGCACGGAUAUUUGAUAUCCUAUUUGCCCAGGGGAGUGAAGUGAUCUUUAAGGUGGCUCUGUGUCUACUGAGCAGUCACGAAGGGGAGAUAGUGGAGUGUGAUAGCUUCGAGACCAUCGUGGACUACCUGAAAACUACAAUUCCCAACCUCACCCACACCCAGAUGGAGGAAACCAUCUCAAAGGUGUUGGACAUGGACAUCUCGAAGCAGCUACAUGCGUAUGAGGUGGAGUACCACGUGCUGCAGGACGAGACGGUGGAUGCUGUGCUCCAGUCAAACGACUCAGACCGUCUGGAUAAACUGGAGAAGACCAACAACCAGCUGAAGAAACAGAACAUGGAUCUGCUGGAGAAACUACAGGCGGCACGUCAGAAGAUCCAAAGCCUGGAGGCCACUGUGGAGAACUUCCUGUCACGUGAGUCCAAGAUGAAGCACAUGAUUCGCUCGCUGGAGCAGGAGCGCCAGUCCUACCAGAAGACUAUUGAGCGCAUGCGCUCCUGCCUGCCCCCGGACGCCCUGGCUGACGUGGAGAUGACCCACAUGGUCAAGCCUGCUCAGGGGCCAAACGGCAAGGCCAAGCCCACCGCCAAGAAGCCCUAAUGGGGGAAGAGUGGAAGGCAAAGGUGAGGGAGAGACUGGAGAAUGGACAGGUAGAUGAAUAUUACUGACAUAGAGAGAGGACUCUGAUGAUGGAUGGAUAGAAUUUCUGAAUUUGAAAACCAAACUUUAUUGGGAAUAUUAACAUUUGUGAAACUGUUUAGCCAUACUAUAUGUGUUGUCGUUUUAAGACGGGUGGUGUAGUUCCUAUGUGAUGUCGCCAUUUCGACAGACAGACACUGACAGUAUGGCAAUGUGGUCUGGUUUGAAUGUGCUGUGUGUGCCUGUGUGCGCGCACACAGGAAAUAAGAAGAGUAUAGAGAAGGUUCACAGUCUCUCUGUUAGGCUGGAGAACAGACUGAGUUGAAUGUCACUGCUCACACACCACAAACAGCUGACAUCAUGGACAGACACUUUUUCAUUUUGUUCCAGGACAGUGUACACACACACACACACUGUCUCCAGGACUUUCUCUCUUCCUUCAUACUGUUUUAUCCCACCUUCACAUCUGAGUCAUGUUCUCCAAUGAUUCUGAUUGAAAAGAGAAAAAGUCAAAAGAAUAAUUAAAUAAGCUCUAGUCUGAUAUCGACUGUUAAGCGCUGACCUGCCUGCAGCUAAAAAAAAUAUGUUUAUCUUAAAAAGUUGAAUGUUGAAUGUUGCAAACGGUGUUACACUGUUCACUUUUUUGUAUUGUGAACCGAAAGCAAUUACUGAAAGUUGACCAAGUGGACAUGUAGCAUAUUUGGGUCUUUGUAAUAUGGAUGAUUUCUAUUAUUUGCUUUCUGAAAUGUUGAAAGAAUGUUUUAUUUUUGAUUGUCAAUCUGUCAAUCGUGCACAAUGUAGGAACAGUUAUGUUUCACAGAGUUGACACGAAUACGAACAGCACUCCAUGUGAAAUGACUUUGAAUUAGGCUACUGCAGCCGAUCCACACACGUUUAAGGUUGACGAAGCCUAUCCGACGUCAUCAACUAGCCUGUAACCAUCGAGGUGAUGGUUUACCACCACCCUUUCACAACCAGUCAACACACACAGAACUGAAAGGUGAUGUUUUUCUAUAGCUACUUCAAAUUAAGCAGCAUAUCCCACAAGAAAUAUAAAUUAAUUGAUACGUUUUUAUUUAAGAUAAAUCAAGUAAAUCCAUUUAAGAAACACAAUUACAAUUCGCAUUUCCUGAUGUGCAGGAAAAUCCCUGCGACAACAGAGGUGGUCAAAUGAAGAUAUUACAUCUGUAUGACACAGGCUUCACUUAUUCCACCGAGUCGUCGUUGUGGAAAUUGCUUGUGUAACGCUCAUUUCUUUUUCAUAUCAGUGCUUUUCUUAGGGUGGUUGUGGUUGCAUUGUUAUUUGCCUUAAUGUACUCUCUCCUGUACUGCCUUUGGACCCAAAGAGGUUUUAAUGCUUUCGUUGCUAAAUGGUUAGCAACCAGAAGUGUAUUAUAAUUCAUGCAAGUGUUUUUAUUCUUCUAUUUCAUCAAAUGAUGAAUUUCAGCGCUGUUUUUCAACACUGUCCGUGUUUAAUUGUUUUAAAAUGUUCUGUGUUUUCAUGUGUUUCAAUGCUUUGUGUUUUCAUGUUAAACAAGCUAAAAAGACAUCUAGUUCUGGGUCAUACAAAGACAACCGUCCUUUUGCUAUCUAGAGAUUCAUGUCUUUCAAAGAUGCUCCAUUGGAAAUAUAGGCUGGCCAAUCAUCAUUGAUCAUCAGAGAAUGAACUAGAUUAAAGUCAUAUUCUUGUGUUAACUCAUAAGUGCCAAAUCAAAGCAUGAAUGCAGUCUUCUUUAUCUACCCUGAAUCGGAGAUAAGCUUAUGACCAUGAUUGAGGGUGAUAUAAGGGAAGCCCUAAUGGCUGGCUUGAGUGUUUGCUUUCUUUUGCGUCUGUGUAGGAAGCCAACAUCAUCACAUUGUUCAAUCACUACUAUGGAAUAACGCCGAUUGUGUUGAAUUAAUGUUGACUGCCUGUUUUUGUUGAAAUGAGGCCUCACAAAGAAAAAUGUCACGUGUACUUCAAUAAAUCACACCUUCACUGCCUUUUUCUA